CCAAUCUGCAGCUGAUCCCUCCUUGGCAGAUCUCCCAGUUCAGUGACCUCCUCUUAUCGCUCUCUACUUGCAGUAUUUGGGAGCUCCCGCCAGCGACGUCCCGACUGCUCCCCGCAUCUGCGUCUUCCCGAAGAAUCCCCUUGUUCAGAUAGCAGUGGCACCCUCCCGUUGCGCACAACAAACAAUGACGGAGGGAUCCAGCUUGCUGAAGAGGUGCCGGCGUCACGGGUGCCAUGCCGAGUACAGGGAGGAGGAGAACCAUGACCAGGCCUGCUGCUACCAUCCAGUUGAGGACACAUAGAAGAGAGAUCUCGCGCGGCUGAUGCAGACACAAUUCGCCCUUCUGCUUCUUCUGCUUGCAGGGGUGGCCUGUGUUUCACGAUCUCAAAAAGAGCUGGUACGCCUCUAAUCGAGGUCGGUGAUGGUCUGUGGUAUCUGCCUGUGUGCUUGUUUCCGCUCAGGACGUGCUGCAACGCCUCCUCAUACGACUGGGACGAUUUCAUGAAGAUCCCAGGUCAUAGGCAAGGGACGGCAAGGCUGCAGCCUGAAAGCACUCUCUCUCCUCCCGCAUGACAGGUUGCGCGCGAGGCUUCCACACGACCGAGAAGCCUCAGCGCCCCGAGCCGCCCAAGCCAGCAGCACGGGCGCCGGUUGCAGCUGCCCCCUCUCCCCAGCCUGUCAAGGACAUCAACGAGUACAACAGACAACAGGCGAACGAGAAGGUGGGCUACGUGAGCACUCCCUCUCUGCUGUCGUCCAAGUGCCUUGUGUUUCCGUGCGUGCAGAAACAGGCCGCGGCGGCCAAUGCCGCGAGCGCUCCCGACAGACCGAUGAAGCCCAUGGUAUGGAUGUUGCCAAACACGACUGCGCGUGUGUGGAUUCCAUUUGUUUGCGUAUGUGUCGGGGCGUAUGCAGGUGACCAAGUCUGGUCGGUACAAGUGCUGCAACGGUGGGUGCAACCAGGAGUAUGAGCCAGACGAGAACCACGACACCGCUUGCAGGUCAGCCACAGCCACAGACACCAACCCCAGCGGAGGGCGACCAUGAGCAUCUGUGUGAUGAAAUGUGAAGGUAUCACCCGGGCAAGCCGAUCUUCCACGACUUGAAGAAGUACUGGUCGUGCUGCAGCAACAUUGUCAAGUACGACUGGGACGAAUUCAUGCAAAUCGAACCAUGCGCCAUAGGUAGGUCACCACUUGACCAACUGACUCACUCACUCACUCACUCACUGACCCAUUGCGUGUUGGCUGCAGGUCGGCACAAUCCCAAGAUGGUCCCUGCCUAACGCGUGCAGGGUUUGUGCAGUGCAUGCAGCCCGUCGAGACUGUUUACAAAAGUCGAGAUUCUUUGUGUAAAUGUUGAUAAA